AUCUGACCAGUCGCGUUAAUCGUCAACAUGCACGUUCAGCGUGUGUCGGCAUCGACGAGCGUUUCCCCUUCCGGUCGAACGGUACUUUUGACUGUUACGACCAAGAUUACGGUUUUUGAGGAUGUCCUUUGUCCGUAUUAUAAUGCCCUCUGUCACCAGGUGAAUGGAAGCAAAGCGGCAACAAAGACUAGUCUCCGAGAGUCAUGCAAUCACAAACAGAGAGAAGCUUCCUGGCAUAGCAACCAGCGAAGAUCGAGUCAACAGAAGGCAGUUUCGUGGCCGUUGUGCUGUUCGAUUAGGAUCUUCUGAUCGACGAGUUUUGAAUCAUGAGGAAGAUGGUACUGUUGCAAUGGAGCGAACCCAGCAGCCUUGGAGACGUGACGGCGGCUUCCCUGGAAGCGCCGUGGCUCUUGCGAGUUUUGUUUCUUGGGGUGUAUAUCGAAUUCCGUUGUGUGUCAUGAGACUAAUCUCAAGGCGACUAAGCGAAGAGAAUGUAAACUGGUUACAGCAAAGCGGCGGAACACCGGAAGCCACAUUGCAUCACUUCUCAUGCCAGACUUCAGAGAUGGGACCUCUCAAGAGUGAGGCUCAAGGUCUAGACCUGUCCGUCCCUGUCGCCUGGAGCAGCCUUGCAGGCCCCUUUGUUCUACUGACUUUGCUUUCUGGUCAUCCUGUCACUCUCUUUCGCGAUGUCGUCAAGUUUCUGCAUGGGACAGAUCAACGACACACCUUUCAAGGCGACACUCAGUAUAGCCAUUGGUGUGGAAAUAGAAGUGCGUAGUGAGGGGCAUUGUGGGUGCUUCAUUUGGCUGU